GGCAGACUCGGAGGCGGAGCGAGCGCGCCAAACUCAACGAUGAAGAAAGUGCUAUAAAGGAGAUGGCGGACGUCCAAGCGCUUCAAAAUUUUGCUCCCAGACUCAGCUGGAGUGCCCCGCCGGUAGCGAGUCUUCCUCGGGACACUUUGAGUGACAGCACGACCGCUAGCUCUGCUCUGCAACUAACUGGCUAACGCUUAGCUCAAAACAACAACAGACUUAAAAAAAAGAAAGGGGGCCAUGGUGGCCAGUAAAGAAAGAGUGGCAAUGGGCUUCGUGGUCGCAGGGGUCCUCAUGGUGGUGUGCGGGAUCGUCCUGGCCAUCGUGGGUCCCAUCAUCAUUGACGACCAGAUUGUCAAGAACACGGUGAUCGACCCCGAGAAUGAGAUGUCGUACCACAUGUGGAAGGACAUGCCGGUGCCGUUCUACAUGUCCGUCUACUUCUUCAAUGUGCUCAACCCUAAGGAGGUCCUCCAAGGCGAGAAGCCCAUGCUGGAGCAGCGGGGGCCCUAUGUGUACAGGAAACAUUGCCAGAAGGAGAACAUUACGUUCCACGCCAACCACACGGUGACGUACCGAGAGAAGCGCAGUUACUUCUUUGAGCCUGGCAUGUCGGCGGGCAACGAGUCGGACGUGGUCACCAUCCCCAACAUGUUGGUGCUGGGCGCGGCGAUAAUGAUGGAGAACCUGCCGUUCGCCGUGCGUCUGAUGAUCAGCGCCACCUUCAAAACCUUCAAGGAGGGCCCCUUCCUCACCAAGCCCGUGGGCGAGCUGAUGUGGGGCUACGACAGCGACCUGGUGGACUUCCUCAACAAGUACCUGCCCGGCACGCUGCCCGCCUCUGGGAAGUUCGGCCUCUUCAGCGAGUUCAAUAACUCGGACACAGGCCUUUUCACCAUCUUCACGGGAAGGGACGACAUCCGCAACGUGCACAAGGUGGACUCGUGGAAUGGACUCACCCAGUUGAACUACUGGCGCACGCCUCAGUGCAACAUGAUCAACGGCACGGCCGGUCAGAUGUGGCCCCCCUUCAUGACCCGGCGCUCCACGCUGCCAUUUUACAGUCCGGACGCCUGCAGGUCCAUGGAGCUGGUGUACCAGCGUUCGGGCAACACCAAGGGCAUCCCGUUGUACCGGUACGUGGCGCCCAAGACGCUCUUCGCCAACAGCAGCGACUACGCCCCCAACGAGGGAUUCUGUCCCUGCCGCCAGUCGGGUUUGCUCAACGUCAGCAGCUGUCGACAGAAUUCUCCGGUCUUCAUUUCGCACCCUCACUUCUACAACGCCGACCCCGUCCUGCUGGACUUUGUGCGAGGACUGGAUCCCGACGAGGACCGCCACGGACUCUUCAUCGACAUCCAUCCGCUCACGGGCGUCCCCCUUAACGUGUCCAUCCGCCUGCAGCUCAACCUUUACAUCAAGCGGGUGUCAGGAAUUACCGAGACGGGGAAGCUCCCGGAGACCAUCAUGCCCAUGAUCUGGUUUGAGGAGAGCGGCUACAUCGAUGGGCCAGUCCUGGACACCUUCCACACCAACUUGGUGGUCCUGCCCGCCAUCAUGGAGGCCACGCAGUACGGAUUCAUUGCCGUCGGCGUGGUGAUGGUUGUUGUCGCCGCGCUGGUCAGGCGGUUGCUCAAGAAGGCUUCUUAUAAAGCGUCGCACCAGGGCAACGGUGCUCCGGAGAAGAGCACACAGGGGCCGUCAGAAAAGUGAAGAGGGCAGCACGUGGAACGCUCCCAGAGGACAAAAGCGCGGACCGACCGGCCGGCCCGCGCUCACGCACGCAAUUCCGGCGGCCUUCUACCUUCAUGUCGAGCUUCCCGUUUUUUAAACCGGGGGCCGCUUUUGGAAUCCAUGUUAGUAAAACAGAAAGGUGGUCUCGACAAUGCUGUGCUGUGUUUGUGUUAUUUUUUCAGGAUGAUGUUUAUGACGAUCAAUAAACUUGU